AUGCUUAAAUCGCAUCUGUCCAGCUUCAGAGGCCUGAACCCGUAUCUCCUCUUCUGUAUUGUGGUAUAUCUCUUCGGUGCACUUCUAUUUGGCAUAGAUACAGGGUCCUUCGGCUCCCUCCAAGCGCUUCCCUCAUUCCUUCUACAAUUUGGCACGCAGAAUGAAGCGGGUGAAUACGAGCUUCCAACACAGCGCAAGUCGCUGAUGAAUUCAAUCCCCUGGAUUGGGAAAUUCGUUGGCUGCUUCCUCGUUGAGCCCCUAAUAGAGCGUGUUGGAUAUCGCAAAUCGAUCAUUGUGACAUCAGUCGUUCAGAUAGUUGCACUCAUUAUUGAGAUGACAGCGAAAAGUUGGCAGCAGUUUACUAUUGGACGGAAUUUUGCGUAUUUGGCUGUUGGUUUGGUGGAAAACCUGGUCCCAGCGUACUGCGCUGAGAUCGCCCCAAGCGCACUCCGAGGCCUCCUCGCUGGCUCCAUCACCUUUGUUGUCGCCCUUGGAAACCUCUGGGGCAGCGGUAUGUCUCGGGCCUACGUUGACGAGACGUCGGCAAGGGGCUGGCUGAUUCCUUGCGCCAUGCAGCUUAUCCCGGCCGUAAUCAUCCUCGGUCUCAUCGGAUUCACCCCUGAGUCUCCGCGGUGGCUCCUCCUCAAAGGCAAUAAGGACCUCGCGAUGCGGAACCUCGAGAAACUGCGAAACAGGGACGAGGUGGAUAAUGGUUACGUGGCCGCCGAGAUUGAUGCCAUCAGUGAAGCUAUUGCAGCAGGCUACUCCCAAGGCCAAACCAGCAACAGUUGGUGGAAGAUUUUCAGCGAUCCGACGAACUACGGCCGUAGAGCCUAUGGCCCUACAUUCUACAAGCAGAGCGGGUACGGGGGCGCCUCGUUUACAUAUGCCACGGUAGGACAGGCAAUGACCAUUGUGGGCUCUCUCUUCGGGAUCCUCGUCACGGAUUAUACCGGUCGACGACCGUUAAUGAUCUGGGGUGGUCUGAUGUGCGGCGUCCUGCUCUCUAUAGGAGCAGCUCUGGGCUCGCAUGAACCUCCGAACCAAGCUGAAAAGCGCACUGUGAUAGCUACAUUUCUCCUCCUAGGGAUCUUCACCAAAAUAUCCGCCAGCAACAAUGCCUUCCUGAUCGGUGCCGAAAUUGGCGGUGUGAAGAUGCGCAAGAAGAUCAUGGCCUUUGGAACGGCCAACGAUGUUCUCGCUGCUUUUCUUGUAACCUUCGUUACACCUUACCUGCUUGCAAACCCCGGUCCAAAUCUGGGACCGAAGAUUGGGUGGAUAUUUGCGGCGGCAGGAUACCUUUCUGGAUUUUUCGGGUUCUUCUUUACCCCUGAGCUGAAGGGGCGGUCGUUGGAGGAGGUUGAUCAGAUGUUUGAGGCCGGAUUGCAUGCGUGGCAGUUUAAGGACUUUCAGACGACUGGUGCUGGGAGGAGGUUAACGGAGUUGGAACGACAUGACAAGACAGGUUUAGAGGGCGUUGAAGAAGUGCAACAAGGGAAGGGGCAGCCCUAACAGACCUAUAGAGGUAUAGGAAAG